CGCCGCCGUGCUGCUUGGGUUUGAGCCGCACGUGCAGAGGCGCUCCUGGCCCCGCUGGCGGGUUGGCUGGGACCUCCGUCUGGGCGCCCGCCAUGGCCCCGCCGGCAGAGACGCGCGUGUUCCUGGAGGUGCGGAGACGGCUGCAGAGCGCGCUGCUGAUCCUGGGAGAGCCCAAAGAAGGAGGUAUGCCCAUGGAUAUUUCCAUAACUCCAUCCUCGCUCCAGGUGAAAACCCCUGGAGGCUGCACAGAGAUCUGCCUUCCAGCAGAGGUCAGGCUUGUGCCUUCCUCUGGCCAUGGGCUGCAGUACGUGGCUGGAGAUGGACUACACCUGCGGCUGCAGGCGCGGGCGGAAUUCAGUACAAAGCUGACUUCAAUGUUUAAUCAAAGCUCAGAAGCCCAAGACUGCUGCACAUUUUAUUGCCAGUCCUGCGGUGAAGUCAUAAUCAGGGACAGGAAGCUCCUCAGGGUGCUCCCGUUGCCGAUGGAGAACUGGGGAGCUCUAGUUGGCGAAUGGUGUUGCCAUGCGGACCCCUUUGCUAAUAAGCCCCUUCAUCCGCGAGAGAACGACUGUCUUAUUGGAGACGCUUUCUACUUGGUGAAUUUAAGAAGUGAUACGUGGCAGCCAAGUCCUCAAGUAGCUCCAGGGGAGAUGCACUGUCCGCCUUCCGAGAACCAUUUUAAAUCGAAACCAAAGGCAAAUACCAAAGUAAUUUGUAAGCGUUGCAAGGUAAUGUUGGGAGAGACCAUGUCAUCAGAAACUAUUAAGUUUUAUAUGACAGAGGUGAUUAUGCAGCCAUCUGAGAGAAAUUUUCCCAUCAUACCAAGGUCUAAGUUUGUACAGAGCACUGUCGCUCAGUGCCUAGUGGAACUCUCCUCUGCUAGAAGCACUUUUAGAUUCAGUGUUCAAGGUCAUGACAGCAAACCGUACAUCUUGCUAUGGCUUUUAAACUCAGACAGUUUGGUGAUUGAAUCUUUGGCGAGUUCCAGAAGUGUCAAAAAGUUUCCCUUAUUGGAAGACAUAUCGAAGGCAGAUUCCAGUUCUGCUCAGAAUGCUGUCAAAGUCCUCUACCAGCCAUGCAUCAAAAGUAGGAAUGAAAAGUGGCCUUUUUGAAGAUGUAACCAUGGGAGCCGAAACCUUCCUCUGCACAGCCCGGAGCGCAUGGGAGGCCGGCAGUCAGCCCAGGGAGCAGUGGUUACAGACAAGAGCCCGAGCCCUGCAGUGGAGUUUGAGUGUUACCUGCAUAUAUUCUCUAAACUUCAACUCUGUGAAAGACCAAGGUGGUGAAGGAAGUCACCGUAGCAGGUUGAGUUAAGUGUAGAAGUUCAGUCCCUGUUUCCACAGAGAAGAACAUUCAAAUGUGUGCUGUGUCAGACCACCGGGAAGGCUGCGAGCUAGCGGAGACCCGUCUGUCCAGAGUGGAACCCAGAGGGACUUCGCUGCUGGAAUUGUGUUAACUGCCAUAAAUCUUUGAAAAUAAACUUUCAAAGAACUUCUCAGGUUCCUUUAAGACAAUUUUUUCAAAACGAAAAUAUCGAAUUUUGCAUACCUUCUUUAGAGGAGAUGCUCAAUAAAUAAAUGUUUGUUGAAUAAAUGAUUAUCAAAUUAAAGGUUUUCCCACU